GAAAGGAGCUUGCGACUGAAAGCCCACCAUUGGCUGUCCCGACUGCCCAAGCUGGCAGGCUGUGGCGUCAGGGAAGGACUGGACUGACAGACGCUAACGUGGAAAUACCAGAAACUAAGGAUAUAACAUUGGAAACUCGAACAAUGGGAUUUUUAUGCUAAUUGUGGAUUCCCCAGGUUGACGAUAACUAAUGUUCAAGCGUUGUCUGGAAGUUUCAGAGUUGAUCCCGAUGUGGUGACGCUACAGCUCAGAGUCGACGGGAAGCUAAUGUUAGCCGACGCGCUAACGCUACUUGCGCUAUUAAUUGUUUUUGUCAAAUUUAUCGUCUUAACUUGGCGUGUAAAACCGUAUCAACACUCGAGUUGAUGUCAGGCACAUAGACUCCAGAGAUGUUGGCAUUUGAUCAACUUUCCCACAACUCGUCGUCGUCGUUAUCUUGGCGAAGUUAGUCUUUCUAACUAGCGAGCGUUAGCCACCUAGCUGGCUAGUAGCUAACGUUGGCUAACUGUUGACUCCAAACGGAUUUAAAGCCAAAGAAUUUAGCUUUAAAUUAAGCCAAGGCUAGUAAGAGCACAGCUGUUUCCACGUCAGCGUACUUGCUGUACGGUGUGCUGUCUACUUGUUUUAAAGUGAUACAUCCACCCGGAAGCGCUUUACUUUUUUAAAGUCGUUGUUGGUUUGAAACGUAAAGAAAACACUUCUAGAUAUGCAAAUGACUGAAUCAAUCACCGGUUUACUUGCCUAAUGCUAGCUAGCUCUGACCGAGUUAGCCGGCCGAAGUUGGAAUCCUGCCCCCUGCUCAAUGAGCUUGCUUUGAGGCCUUGUCUACUGUGGAAACAUAUCCAAAGCCUUAAUACAGUUUCCCAGCUUCUGAGUGGAGUUCAUAUUUUAAUGUUUGGAUUUUUGGUCGUCUUCUUCACGAACUGAUAGGAGCACCUGGACGCCGUUUACCUGCCGGUGGGAAAUAUUGUUGAUUUUCAAGAUGAUGUGUGAAGUGAUGCCCACCAUCAGUGAGACAGAAGGGCCCAAUGGAGGAGGUGGCACAGGUCAUCGAGGGUCCGGCUCCCCAUUACAGUCGGACUCUGAAGGUCAUUUUGAAUCACUGAUGGUGUCCAUGUUAGAGGAGAGGGAUCGUCUUCUUGAGACUCUGAGGGAGACCCAAGAAAAUCUGAGUUUGGCUCAGGGUAAACUGCAUGAGGUCGGCCACGAAAGGGACUCCCUCCAGAGACAACUCAACACUGCUUUGCCACAGGAGUUUGCAGCACUAACAAAAGAGGUGAAUAUGUGCCGGGAACAACUGCUGGAAAAGGAGGAAGAGAUUGCAGAACUGAAAGCUGAGAGAAACAACACACGGCUCCUCUUGGAGCAUUUGGAGUGCCUGGUUUCUCGUCAUGAGCGGAGUCUGAGGAUGACAGUCGUGAAACGACAAGCUCAGUCUCCUGCUGGAGUCUCAAGUGAAGUGGAAGUCCUCAAAGCCCUUAAGUCACUUUUUGAACACCAUAAAGCCCUUGAUGAGAAGGUACGGGAGAGACUGCGAGUCGCCUUGGAAAGAUGUAGUGCUUUGGAGGAACAGUUAACUCUGUCACACAAAGAGUUGGUUUACCUCAGGGAGCAGGGCUGCCAGAAAAGGGGAUUGGCUGAUGGAACCAGUGAGGUCAACCACAACUCUGAAAAUACACCAAGCACGAAUGGGAAGCGGUCAUCUGAUGGAUCACUCAGUCAGGAAGAUGAGUCUGGUUCUGGUUUCGGCAAGGUUGGGGAACUCCAGGGUGUUGUGGACCGUCAAACCGCUGAUCUGGGCCAGAUGAAGGAGCGCAUGGCUGCGAUGGCAUCUCGAAUCAGUGAGCUGGAGGAAGAUGUGGACACUGCGAGAAAAGACCUCAUCAAAUCUGAAGACAUGAAUACACGAUUACAGAGAGACCUCAGAGAAUCUAUGGCUCAGAAGGAGGAUAUGGAAGAGAGGAUCACCACUCUAGAGAAGCGCUACCUGGCAGCUCAGCGGGAGGCUACGUCCGUCCACGACCUCAAUGACAAGCUGGAGAAUGAAGUCGCUAACAAGGAGUCCCUGUUUAGACAAACUGAAGACAGAAACCGGCAGCUUCAAGAGAAACUGGAACUAGCAGAGCAGAAGCUGCAGCAGACUAUCCGCAAAGCAGAGACUCUGCCAGAGGUGGAAGCCGAGCUAGCACAACGGGUAGCUGCCCUCACAAAGGCAGAGGAACGACACGGUAACGUGGAAGAGAGAUUGAGGCAGCUGGAGUCCCAGUUGGAGGAGAAGCACCAGGAACUGCUCAGGGCAAGGCAAAGAGAGAAGAUGAAUGAGGAGCACAACAAGCGCCUCUCUGAGACAGUGGACAAGCUCCUGUCUGAGUCCAACGAGAGACUCCAGCUUCACCUUAAAGAGAGGAUGUCUGCUCUGGAGGACAAGAACGCGCUCAUAAGGGAACUUGAGCACACUAAGAAACUGAUAGAGGAGUCUCACCAUGAAAAGGAGCAGCUUUUGAUUCAGAUUGAAACGUUGAGGGCUGAAAAUGAGCAGGGUAGGAGCAGAAGCAACUCGUUAUUACAUGGUCGAUCGCAGCUGGGAAGCACCCCAGACUUCAGGUAUCCGGUGUCUGCUUCCUCAAUGAUGGACAGUAACUCAGACCAUUAUGGUGGUGCUCUUGUGUUAAGGCGGCCCCAAAAAGGAAGAGUAGCAGCCCUUAGAGAUGAACCAUCCAAGGUGCAGACUCUUAAUGAACAGGAGUGGGAGCGUGUCCAACAGGCCAAUGUACUUGCUAAUGUGGCCCAGGCUUUCGAGAGUGAUAUGGAUGCCUCGGACCUGGAGGAGGAUCGAGAGACCAUCUUCAGCUCUGUCGAUCUUUUGUCCCCUGGUGGUCAGGCAGAUGCACAGACUCUGGCCUUAAUGCUGCAGGAGCAACUUGAUGCGAUCAACAAUGAAAUCAGAAUGAUUCAAGAAGAGAAGGAAAACACAGCCAUCCGAGCUGAGGAAAUUGAGUACAGGGUGGGCAGUGGCGACAGCCUUGGAGGACGUUUCCGUUCAAUAAGCUCCUUACAGCCUUCACUAUCUGCCGGCUCUCCUAUGGGCAGCAACUCUCCUCCAGGCUCUGGCCACUCCACACCAAGACGUAUUCCUCACAGCCCCCAUAGAGAAUUAGACCGGAUGGGUGUCAUGACCCUGCCUAGUGACCUGCGCAAGCAUCGCAGGAAGUCAGCUCAGGAUGACAAAACCACUAUCCAGUGUGAGACGUCACCCCCCACCACUCCUCGCUCUAUGCGCCUAAACAGGGAUGCAGGUUAUGCUGCCAGCCAUGAGGACAUAAGAGACAUUCGAGGUCUUGGCAUACAAGAUGGGCAGGGUAGCAACCCCAGCAGCAGUAACAGCAGCCAGGACUCUCUGAACAAGGCAGCCAAGAAAAAAAGCAUUAAGUCUUCCAUUGGACGCCUUUUUGGGAAGAAGGAGAAAGGUCGGCCUAGUCUUCCUGGAAAGGACUCUCCCAGUCAAGGUGGCACUCCUGAAGCAGAGAACUCACCUAAGGACGGCUUGGGAAUGGGCACCCUGGGAGGCCCUGCAGAAAAAAACAGAAAACUGCAGAAGAAUCCAAAGACAGGGCACGAACUGUUAGAUGAGGCGCGCAGGCAGGGCCUGCCUUUUGCCCAAUGGGAUGGACCAACUGUUGUCGUUUGGCUUGAGCUGUGGGUGGGCAUGCCUGCUUGGUAUGUAGCUGCCUGUCGCGCAAACGUAAAGAGUGGAGCCAUUAUGUCAGCACUUUCCGACACUGAAAUCCAGAGGGAGAUUGGCAUCAGCAACCCUUUGCAUCGUCUGAAACUUCGUCUUGCCAUCCAGGAAAUCAUGUCGCUCACCAGUCCUUCUGCCCCUCCCACCUCAAGAACGACGACAGGAAACGUUUGGGUCACACAUGAAGAAAUGGAAAGUUUGGCAGCCACACCUCCUACGACAUUGGCAUAUGGAGACAUGAAUCAUGAAUGGAUUGGUAAUGAGUGGUUACCCAGCUUGGGUCUACCACAGUACCGCUCAUAUUUCAUGGAGUCCCUGGUGGACGCCCGCAUGCUCGAUCACUUGACCAAGAAAGACCUCCGGGGACAGCUGAAGAUGGUUGACAGUUUCCACAGGAACAGUUUUCAGUGCGGAGUAAUGUGCUUAAGGAGGCUCAACUAUGACCGGAAAGAGCUGGAGAGGAGAAGGGAAGAGUGUCAGCUGGAGUUCAAUGAUGUGCUGGUGUGGAGUAAUGAGCGUUUGAUAAAUUGGAUUCAGGCUAUUGGGCUGAAAGAGUACAGUGCCAAUCUCUAUGAAAGUGGUGUUCAUGGGGCUCUGCUUUCUCUGGAUGAAACCUUUGAUCACAACACCCUGGCACUCCUGCUGCAGAUUCCCACACAGAACACUCAGGCACGAGCAACUCUUGAGCGGGAGUACAACAGUUUGCUGGCCAUUGGUACCGACAGAAGGAUGGAAGAGGAUGAGGACAAGAACUUCCGGCGAGCUCCCUCAUGGCGAAAGAAGUUCAGGCCCAAAGACAUGAGGGGGAUGCCUUUGGGUGCGUCAGACACUCUGCCUGCCAACUUCAGAGUGACCAGCAACGCAUCAUCUCCCUCCACCCAGCCAAAGAGGAGCCCAAUGGACGGAAGUCAGUCUAUACAGAGGCUGGACACUGCUACUGUCAGGACCUACUCUUGUUAACAUAAACCUCACACAACGUUUAUCCUCAUUAUUUCUAUAGGUAACCGCUGGUCAGAAGAUGAAGGGGAAUUCCCUGCUUUCAAAACCAGGAUGAUGAACUAACAGAUUUUUACUAAAAAUAUGACACAGUAUCACAGAGAAAGAUCUCUCACCAAUCUCAGUGUCCCGAGAGGAAACUAUGUAGAUGUCCACAUUUCUUAUAUUUAUGUAAACCAAUGGGACAAUUAUAUGAUUUUAGAACAUAAUGUAAUUGUUUUGCCUCAACCCCUUUAAACUUUUUACAUUUCUUCACUGUGCUCAUCAGCUCUCAGAUGUAGGUAACUGAAUGUUUCAAAUGUCUGGAGUUUGUAUAUUUCUACCAACAGAAGUUUUAUCUAAUCUUUUUAUAAUCUUCAUUUGACCAGAUGUAUGUUUUUUCCUUGUUGAUUUGAAAUAUAAUCAAUGGUUAAGUGACUUGUGAUAUAAUUUAAUUCUAUAUAGUUACCCCCUCUUUUAACUGUUAAAAUGUUUCUUGCUUAUUAUGUUUGACAAUGUAAAUGCAGCUGUUAUGCAGGUCAAUGUGUGUGUGUGUGAGAAUAUCAAACUGCUGGAGACCAUUUUGCAAACUGCUCAACACUGUGACCAUCACCAUUCAAAUAACUGCUGCUGGUAAGCCAGGUGAUGUUGAGAACACUUAUCACGUGUAACACAGGACCUCUCAACGCACGCACGCGCGCGCGCGCACACACACACACACACCAAAUGUUUUAAAUUCAAGAAACUAAAGCCAUACAUCAGUUACAGGAAAGCAAGGGCCACUUUAAGUGCGAGUGAAAGUUAAAUGCAAUGUUCUUUGUGUUUCACCUUGCAUGCAAGGACACUCCCUUUCCCAUCCCUGCCAACUUUGCCUGUCCUUUAACCCCUCAACUAUGGAGAGACAUAUCUGCACAGGAGGGGGUUUAACAUACAGAAGAACUGAAAAGACUAUAUGCCCGAGCGGACCAAUUUCACUGAAGCCUCUGUUAAUCCCUACUGCAAGUAGACAGGCUCAAACUAGUAAUGGGAAAAUGAAGUGUAAAAUUUGCUUCUUAAACCAGUUGUAUUAUUUGUAACUGCUCUAGAUGGCACUGUUGGUGUGAAGAAUGGCACUGUUGGUGUGAAGAAACGGGGUCAGUGUACUUUCAGCCCAGUGUCAAACAGAAAGUGCCAUCUAUUGGGCUUAACACAACAACUGGUUCACAAAGGGUCUUGAAGCGUAGUUUUCCCAUCACUAGUUUGAAUCUUAAAAAAACACUUUUUACAAAGACGUUAUAUGAAGCCUUAUUGUUUAUUGAUUAGACAGUCUUCUGCGUUCUUAUUUAUUAUUACUCAUUUUUGUUCUCUUCACUAUCAUAGCUUAAGAUGUAGUUUUCUUUCUCCUAUAGGUCUUGUCUGCUUUCACAACAAUGGUUUCACAUUAAUCUCCAUGACAAAUUGAAAGAAACCAGCUUUCUUUAACACUUAGUAUAGUCUCUCAAUUCCAAAUUCUGUUUUCAUUUUUGUAAUUUCUUUCAUGCCCUGUGGAAAUCAUGUUGCUAUUAUUAGUCCUGUUAUUUGAAUUGUCUGAUGAUGUAACAAUGUACAGUCUGAGUACUUAUAAACUAUUUUUAUCACACUAUUAUUUAUUGCUUUCUUUCAAUAAAAUACUGAAACAGA